GGACGAACCGACGUGUCAACCGUCUGUAUAUAGCCUAAGUGCCUUUCGACCAAUCAGCUCUUGCCAUCCAUGACUUGGCAACUAGGUAUUUCAGUGCUACUAUCUCCAACCUAUCGUUAUGUUCAUUAUCGGAUGACCUUCACUUCCUUGUUGGUCCUUCACACUGACUUUCCUCCUACAUCCCUGAUCGAAACCCCAAGCACAUGCGUUUCUAUGUUCGGUAGCUGUCCCAUUAGACAGUUCAAUUGUUUCGUCAUACUUGACGUUGUAGAGCGUCGAACUCCGCAUGAAGAAGUCUCACCCCACCGUGUCAUCUGCCCCAGGGUCUUGAAAACUUGUGGGAUAACUGCAUGUUCAGCAUCAACCUUAUCAAUCUAUAUCCCUUGUUGUGUGAGGCCCUUAUCUUCAAUAAGUCCAUGGCAUUUACUUUACUUUGAUUCCCAACCACUUCCUAUUCAGCGAUGUGAUGAUCAUACCCUUUACACAUUCUUAUUGUGGGGAUGGUGGUAUUUUUGGAGACAUAUCUCAGCCUUGUCCGAGUAAUGAUACCACAACAACUACAGAUGCCUUUCAAAGACGGCUGCAAAUGCCCCUGGUAGCCAUGUGCGCUUCGCCGCGUAGUGAGAGACGUCAUGUAUUGAACUGGUGAGAACAGCAUCGAACUGCACUCGAUGCGAGAAGCAACGAAAGUAUCCGUCUAGGCUCAUUCUCAUUCAUCAGUCUAUGAUACUCGAAUCGUGUCUCGUUGAUAUCGUCACU